AUCGAAAUAAACAAACGACACCUGGCUGCUGGCUGGCUCAGUUUUUGGACUCGCAGUGAGCCUCUCUCAAAACAUAAUACGUGGGUUGAUGGCACAAAGUAAAAAAAAAGGAAAUCCCGCUAGAAAAGCAAAAGUUUAAGCAGCUUUAACUUAGAUAUUUUAAAGUUAAUCAAAGUGCGACGCGAUGGCUGACCUGAAGAAGGACCUGGACGAGUAUCUGCUGCUGCAGAGCGAUCAGAAGAAAAGCUUCAAACUCGAAAUGCCAAAGAUGCCCUCGAUAUCCACUCCAGGGCUGGUGAGUAAACUCUUUGGCAAGAACCAGGAAAGCGAAGCCAACAGCUGGCUUAAGGAUCCCCAGGAAACAUGCUGCCCUAAGUUGAGCCGAAUACAAAGGAUCGUAGGAUUUGUGACUUGCCUUGGCCUGGGAGUGUUCUGUAUGAUCGUAUCGACAUUCUACAUUCCGGUGUUGAUCCUGAAGGCAAGGAAGUUUGCCCUAUUGUACACAUUGGGAAGCAUCUUCUUCAUUAUGAGCUUCUCGUUCCUGAGCGGCUUCGGAGCAAUGUUCCGGCAGAUGUUCUCCCGCGAGCGAGUAGCCUUGUCCAUAUCGUACUCCUGCUGCCUGACGGCCACGCUUUACUUUGCCAUGGUUGAGCAAAGCACCGCGCUGACCGUGCUGUUCGCAGUGGCACAAAUUAUCACCCUACUCUGGAUGAUCCUGGGAACGAUUCCCGGUGGGAUGACCGGAGUGAAGUUCUUCGGACAGAUGUUCCGCAGUUCGGUUUCCAGUACGCUACCGGUGUAAAAGGGACCGUAGUUGACUAAUCCAUUUUUAGUUUUGUAAGAAUAUGUAAGAAUAUCUCUGAACCUAAGACGUCACUACUGAGAGAUCUCUGUGAUCGAAGCCGAAAUGAAAACUGUAUUACACAUAUUAUAUAUAUUUGGAACGGUACAUGUACAAGAAUUCUUCAAUAAAAUUUCUCUAACUA